AUGAGUUAUUGCCGUUGCAUCAUUUCUUUGCUGCGGGAGCUCAAGCAUCCAAAUGUCAUUUCUCUGCAAAAGGUGUUUCUUUCUCAUGCUGACAGGAAAGUGUGGCUUCUCUUUGACUACGCUGAGCAUGACCUCUGGCAUAUAAUCAAGUUUCACAGGGCUUCUAAAGCAAACAAGAAACCAGUUCAGUUACCUCGGGGAAUGGUGAAGUCACUGUUGUAUCAGAUCCUAGAUGGUAUUCACUACCUGCACGCUAACUGGGUGUUACACAGGGAUUUGAAACCUGCUAAUAUUUUAGUUAUGGGUGAAGGUCCUGAGCGAGGAAGAGUAAAAAUUGCUGACAUGGGCUUUGCCCGAUUAUUUAAUUCACCUCUGAAGCCUUUAGCAGACUUGGAUCCAGUAGUUGUAACAUUCUGGUAUCGAGCUCCAGAGUUGCUUCUUGGAGCAAGGCAUUAUACCAAAGCUAUUGAUAUUUGGGCCAUAGGGUGUAUAUUUGCAGAGCUGCUAACAUCAGAGCCAAUAUUCCAUUGUCGACAAGAAGAUAUCAAAACUAGUAAUCCUUAUCACCAUGACCAGCUGGACAGAAUAUUCAAUGUAAUGGGAUUUCCUGCAGAUAAAGAUUGGGAAGACAUAAAAAAGAUGCCUGAACAUUCAACUUUAAUGAAAGAUUUCCGGAGAAACACGUAUACCAACUGCAGCCUUAUCAAAUAUAUGGAGAAACACAAAGUUAAACCAGAUAGCAAGGCAUUCCACUUGCUUCAGAAAUUGCUCACUAUGGAUCCAAUAAAGAGAAUUACCUCAGAACAGGCUAUGCAGGAUCCCUAUUUCUUAGAAGAUCCUCUUCCCACAUCUGAUGUUUUUGCAGGUUGUCAAAUCCCUUACCCAAAACGAGAAUUUUUAACAGAAGAAGAACCAGAUGAUAAAGGAGACAAAAACCAGCAGCAGCAGCAGGGCAAUAACCAUACUAACGGGACUGGUCAUCCAGGGAACCAGGACAACAGUCACACGCAGGGACCCCCACUGAAAAAAGUGAGAGUUGUUCCUCCUACCACUACCUCAGGUGGACUUAUUAUGACCUCAGACUAUCAGCGUUCCAACCCCCAUGCUGCUUACCCCAACCCCGGACCAAGCACAUCACAGCCACAGAGCAGCAUGGGAUAUUCAACUACCUCCCAGCAGCCGCCACAGUACUCGCAUCAGACACAUCGGUACUGAGCUGCACCCCAAUAACGUCAAUGCACUGUUGCUAAUGCUGCAGGACCGGCCACGCAGCUGCCUGCCUGGAACCCGGCUUGGGCCACGAGAAUGUACUGUACAACCACACCUCCAACCUGUUUGAUCGCCACGAUCCACCCCUUUCCACAGCGCUGAGUAGUGGCUCCCAAAUCUUACCUGUUUUUGGGGUUAGACUUGAAAAGAAAGUGCUAGCACAGUUUGUGUUGUGGAUAUGCUACUUCCAUAGUUUACUUGACAUGGUUCAGACUGACCGAUGCAUUUUUUUUAUUUUUUUUUUUUUUUCAGUGACAGUCUGUAGCAGUUGAAGCUGUGAAAUGUGCUAGGGGCAAGCAUUUUGUGUCGUAUGUGGUGAAUUCUCUUGAUGUAACAACUUUAUCUGACCAAUAGUACACAACAUCUUUGAACUGGUACUUGAAGCAUACAGUAUAUGUUACCAUGGCAAAAAAGCAAACUAACCAUGACUUCGAUUGAGACAGUUUUGAUAGACGUUUAUUUUUAGUGACUUUUGUCGGUUGGUUCAUUUUCCACCUAGAUCAGUCUUUUAUGACCGACACGAUUGCUAUGAUGAGAUUUUUUUUUUUUUAAGAACAUGAAAAUGUUUGCAUUUUUUUGCAGCAAUUACAAAUGUCCCAAAGAUUUAAUUUCCAACAUAAGUUUUUGGUUUUGUUUUUAAAUCUAUGACUUGACUGGUAUUAAAGCUGCUAUUUGAUAGUAAAAUAAGUAUGAUGUCAUUGAUAUAAACAUGUUUGGUUCAGCAAACAAACAAAAAUGAUUGUCAUAGACAGUGUUUUAUUUUUUCCUGUUGGUGUUAAUGAUUUGUGAGCAUGCUUUGGGAUUAAAAAAGCAUGAAUGAUAUUUCCUAAAAAGGUGCGGCAUCCGUUCAGAUAUUUCGUCAUAAUUUUAGAGAACCAGCUUGGUGUAGUGGAUUUUAAACUUGGUUCAGUUAAUUUUUUUUUUUAAAUGUUCGCACGUUGUUUAGGGGUGCCAUUCCUACAGCAGAGGAUCAAGGUGUUAGGAGAGCCUUAGAAUUUAUGAGGAAAAACUUACAUACAAUGUACUGUAUCAAACUAUUUUACAUGAAUGACACAAGUAUUCUGAAUAAAAAAAAAAAUCAAACAUUGUUAAAACAAGGUGUUAUGUAAUAAAUUUAUUUUUCAUAAAUCUGCA